UUUCGCCAUUUUCCUCUUCUACACCGGUGUUCUUGCUGGCAGCUACAUUGUAGUCCCCUCAAAGUGUUUUAACCUGUCCAGACGUGACGGUGGGAUAGGGGAACCAUAAAAAAGAAGACAGUCUGUCGUGUAGCGUUAUCGUCCCCGGAAAAGUGCGAGAAUGUCUGAGGAGAGCCCCGAGUACUCGCCUUUCUUCGCUGUGAUGGGAGCCUCUGCGGCCAUGGUCUUCAGCGCAUUAGGAGCAGCAUAUGGAACGGCAAAGAGCGGCACAGGCAUUGCUGCCAUGUCUGUGAUGCGGCCAGAGCUCAUCAUGAAGUCCAUCAUCCCUGUGGUCAUGGCUGGUAUCAUCGCCAUCUACGGGCUGGUGGUAGCUGUGCUGAUAGCAAACAACAUCUCUGAGAGAAUCACCCUUUACAAGAGUUUCCUGCAUCUCGGCGCUGGUCUGAGUGUGGGCCUGAGUGGCCUGGCGGCCGGGUUUGCCAUCGGCAUUGUGGGCGACGCUGGUGUGAGAGGCACCGCUCAGCAGCCUCGGCUUUUCGUGGGCAUGAUCCUGAUUCUGAUCUUUGCUGAGGUGUUGGGGCUUUAUGGCCUUAUUGUGGCCCUCAUCCUAUCCACAAAAUAAGUGUCUCCAUCAAAUACCAUCUCAUUCAUUCCACAUCAAAGCAGCAAGAACAAAUAGGAGAUUUUCACCUUCUUCCAUGGCACCCUGUGGGUCUGACAGGAUGGGAUGGCAACAGAAAUAUGUUGGCGGUCGACUUUGACAGCUCUGUCCUCAGUAGAUGUGAUCUAUUCCAUAUUGUUUAAAGCCAUCCAGUUGUGUCAGGUCUUGUGCGUGCAGAACGGGCAUGAACAUGUACUGUUUGUUGUGAGAUGAUGUGUGGACAGUCAGCCUGAUAUAUUGUCUAAUCUUUAAACUGUACAGUGAUCCAGAGUCCUCCCACCCCAGUAAAUGUAGUAACCAGUCUGUGCUGUGAGUGUGAAUAUCAACGUUUACCCCUCUGCCCACGCCCCUCCCUUUGAUUUUUGUUCUUUUUUUCUGUCUUUUGUUGGUGGUUUUUAAUUGUCAUUCUGUUUUGAGACUGCUGAAAAUUUGUGAACACUAGUAUUUUUUCAUGUUCUUUUUGGGGACCAUUUUUAAAUUUUUUUCACUAUUUAUGGAAAGUUAUAAAGCUUUUGAAACUGUCUAAAUGGAAAACUUUAUUGAAUACCCUAUAUACGUUAAAAAAAUAUAUAAAUUAUCUGUGUAUAGUUAGAUUAAUUGCACUGUGGGUAAUUGUUCUAAGUGCUCAGAAUUCCUCUGGAUAUAGUGUGAUUUAUUAAUGGAGGAUGUCCACAUGGAGUUGACAGUGUGUUUGGGUGUGUGUGUGUGUGUGUGCGCGUGUGAGAGAGAUUUGAGUGUAUAAUGUGUGAAGGUGGAUUUAUGUUUAAUAUGACAUUCUCAGACACUAGUAUCGUUUACCUGUAGUGCUGCUGUAUUGAUUUUUGUUUUUGUUUGUUUAAAGUGAGAGCUCACUGUUCAGCCAUGCCUGUCAGAUUUCCAAAUAAAAACUCAACCUCCUCCAGAA